AUGAUCCUCAGUUCUGAAAUCGAAUCCAACCUCCCAAUAGCCUCUUGGUUUUCUCCACCAUUCCAAUUAAAUUGGAUUCAAUUCCAUUAUGACGAUCUCAGCAGAAGAAGUCUAGGAUUCCAUGACAAUUCCAUCUCCCAGUAUGCAACUCCAAUCAAGCCUCAAAAGGGUCCCACCAUAAAGGGAGAAGACAAGCUCCCACUAGCCCAUCGCAGAGGAAGAGUUGACCCAGCCAGGUCCUCUGAGCUCUUCAGUUGUGAAGAAACCAAGAAAAUGGUUUCGAGUGACCUGGUCUUCUCUAUUUUCUUCUUCAUUCAGAUUGGGAUUGGGCUCCUGGGGAACUCAAUACUGUUGGUGUUGUAUGUCAGCAUCUUCAUUCACUCACCCCACUGGAUGAAGCCCACAGACCUGAUCCUUACCCACCUGACGGUAGCCAACACCGUGACACUCCUCACCCAGGCUGCCCCGGGAAUGGUGAUGGCUUUCGGAUGGAAGAAUAUUAUGGAUGUCUUGGGGUGCCAGAUUGUCAUGUACAUGAGGAGAGUGGCCCGGGGCCUUUCUAUCUGCACCACCUGCCUGCUGAGCGUGUUCCAGGCCAUCACCAUCAGUCCAAGCAACUCCUGGUGGGCCCAGAUCAAACCAGUGGCUCCCAAGUUCAUCCUCCCUUCCUUCCCCUUCUUCUGGGUCCUCUGCUUGUUGCUAGACAUAAAUACUCUAAUAGCGGUUAAAUCCACCAAGAAUACUACGACCAUAAGUAUUGGUGACAAUAGGAAAUCUUGUCCCAGCUUAUUCUCAGCAAGAAGUUCAAAUGCUAUGGUAUUUAUCGGUAUGCUGACUCUCCGAGAUGUCGUCUUUGUGAGUCUCAUGAGCUGGUCCAGCGGUUAUAUGGUGAUGGUGCUAUACCAACACCGCAAGCGAGUCCGGCACAUCCACAGCGGCGGCCUCUCCCCCAAAUCCUCCCCUGAGUCCAGAGCCACUCAGACCAUCCUGCUCCUUGUCAGCUGCUUUGUUUCCUUUUAUUGCAUAAAUAGCAGCUUAGUGUUCUUGACUUACAUGAUGAAGGACACCUUGAAGCUGUAUGAUCCUGGCAUAUUUCUGAGCUCAGGUUUCACCUUUCUCUGCCCUCUGGUUCUCAUCAACAGUGAUCCCCGGCUCCGCAGAUUCCUAUGUGUCCUUGAAAAGGUGGGCAAUCUCUCUCUUGCCUGA